AUGCUGGGCAUCCCAUUCGGGGCCGCUUGCCUCCUGGUGCUGGCCUGGUCGAAGACUGCUGGCGCCUCGGUGACUCUAGAGUUACCUGCUGACUUUGGACCUGCCAUCCCAGACAGCGGGCUGGAGGGUCUUCUUUACCUGGCAAAUCCACAGGACGCAUGUUCCACCCUGACCACCCCGCCAGGCGCCAAGGGCAAGCGCUGGGUGGCCCUCAUCAAACGCACCCAGGGGAUGGUGGAGACGUGCACCUUUGAUCGCAAGGUGGCCCACGCCGAGGCUGCCGGUGCCUCCGCCGCCAUCGUGCAUGACCAGAGCGACGGCCCGCUGAUCAUCAUGAGCAAGCCGCUGGGCGCGCUCGACCCCGGCAUCCCCGCCGUCUUCAUUUCCCUCAAGUCCGGCAUCAUGCUCAAGCAGCUGCUGCAGCCCGGCAUCAGCCGCGUGUUCAUCACCAAUUCCGUGGACGCUUUCUUCAUCGACAUGAUCGGCACGCUGGGCAUUUGCAUGGUCCUCAGCGUCAUGCUUGCGCCCGCCGCCUCCUCCACCUCGGACUCGGACGGCGAGGCGUGCGCGCCGCGCGCCGGCGGCAGCACGCGCCGCACCUGCGCCAUCUGCCUCGACAACUACGUGGACGGGGACAAGCUGCGCGCGCUGCCCUGCCAGCACCACUUCCACGCCGCCUGCAUCGACCAGUGGCUCUCCUCCCGCACCACCCUCUGUCCAGCGCUGACGCAGGCGCUGAGCAGCCCGCCGCGGGAGGACGAGCGGCGGGGGCUGCUGGAGGGCGGGGGCCUCCGGGCGGCGGGGUCUCCGGGCUCGCCCGCCGCGGAAAUCGUGCCCGCCUCGCCGGGGCCCGAGCUUGUCUGA